ACCAAUUGAAUUUGGUUUUAAGUCAUGCUUGUUUAGAACCAAGUAUCAGGAAUGCAUGUGGAACUAUUAAAGAGGUAAUAAACUUUGUAAAAGAUUCAGCUCAAAGGGUUCACAAAAUGGAAAAUAUUCUAACUGAACAACACCCAGAAGAGAAGCGGCAUAAAUUGAUAAGCUUGUGCGAAACUCGCUUUGUUGAACGGCAUGAUGCAAUUACCUUUUUUUUACAAGUAUUUGAUUCAGUACUAACCUGUCUAGAUGUUAUUGAUAAAGAAAAGCCAACAUCAAAAUCUGCCUGUCUCCUUUUCUCAAUACGCAGAUUUGACUUUAUCAUCGCCCUUCACAUUUUGGGAACAACUCUUGACUUAACAAAAAAGUUGUCUGAGGAUCUUCAAAGCCCAAAUGUUGAACUUCAAGAAUGUUAUGCUAUAGCAAAUACUGUGAUAAAGUUAAUUGAAAGGCAUCGUUCUGAAGAAAUAUUCUAUAAUAGGAUAUUUGACGCAGCUGCCAAAGUGGCAACACAACAUGACAUUGAAAUAAAAAGUCCUCGGACUGUAAAGGCUCAGAUUCAUCGGUCAAAUGCUGAGGCUUCGAGUCCUCGUGAUUAUUAUAGAAUAAAUGUAUUCAUCCCAUUUCUAGAUGCUCUCAUUUGUGAAAUGAAGAAUAGGUUUUCCACAACCAACACUGAACUCACCCAGCUUUUUAGUCUUGUCCCGUCAUUUAUAAAACCAGCUGAAUAUGAUGAUGAGAUCGUAAAUAUAGCAAAGAAAUAUUGUGGGGAAUCUAGUUCAUUUCAAUUGUACAAUGAAAUCGCAAUGUGGAGAGAACAUUGGAGUCAAAGUAAAGGUAAAGUAGAAGUACCAUCUACAGCAAUCGAAGCCUUCUACGACUCAUCUGUUACGUUCUACCCUAAUAUAAAGAAUCUUCUGCACUUGCUUUGUGUUCUACCUGUCACUUCAUGCACUGGCGAAAGAAGUUUUUCAUCAAUGAAACUAGUAAAAAAUUACUUGAGAACAACAAUGCGACAAGAUAGACUCAACGGCCUGGCUCUGAUGAACAUUCAUAAGAAUACAAUAAAUGUGGAUCCUUUGGAGGUAAUUGAAAAGUUUGCUCAAAAGCACACAAGGCGUUUACAGUUCCUGUACAGCGACUAGCGAUGAAUGACAGUAUUAAUUCUCAGACCAUCACUUCAAGUCUCCAAACAAAAGUUCCAACUGUGUCCCCAUCAUUAUUUAUUCAUCUCCAGGCAGUAGAACUAUUUCGAAAUAUUAAAUGUACGAUGUACUUAAAAAUAAAUCCUUUUCAUAUUUUUAAUCUGUCUUUUAUUAUCUUUAAUGUAUUUCAUUAUUAAAUAAAUAAACAAAACAUCCUGAAAACUUUUACUGUGAAACACACGUUUUUACUCCAUAAAACUUCAACAAUUAACUUCAUUAAAUGUAAGCCCUUUCACAAAAUUUUCCCCUGUUCAGCCCCCCCCCAAAAUAAAAUUCUAGA